AUGUCUGAAGAAGGUAUGUCUGGUAUGCCUAUGUCUGAAGAAGAUCUAUUAGUACAACAAGGAUUGGAUCAGGCAUUAGAGAAUAGUAAGCCUGAGGGAAUGUCUGACGCUAAUUGGAAUAGGAUUCAGAAGAAGGCUGUUAGUACUAUUAGAUUGGCGCUAGCUCCAGAGGAACUGAAGCAUCUUGAUUUUUCAGGGAAUAGAAUCGCUGGUUUUGUUGAAAAUGAAGGAAAGGAGAUACAACUAAGGAUGACCAAUUUGGAGGUUCUUGAUUUAAGUAAUAAUCUCUUCAAGAACGACACUUUUGCAAUCCUUUCUGGCCUUCCAAGUCGAAAGUGCCUGUAUAUGGGGAACAACCAAUUGCAAGGCUCAAUAGAUAUUAAAGAAUUGCAUGCGUGGAACAAUGUGGAGGAAAUAUUUCUGGACUACUCCUAUCUGGACAACAACAUUUUGCAAAGCAUUGGAGUAUUCACUUCUCUCAAAACUUUGUCUUUAAGUAACUGUGGACUUAUUGGUUCCUUACCAAAUCAAGUUUUAGACCUAUCGGAUAAUCAUUUGUCUGGAAGAAUACCAGAAGAAUUGAUCAUGAGAAGCUUAUUAGAUGUUCUUAGGCUAUCAAAUAACAACCUAAGUGGAAAGAUUGUUCCAAUGAUGUUCAACACAAGCAUGAUGUCAUAUUUGUAUUUGGAUGACAAUAAUUUUGCUGGAGAGAUACCUGAUAUUGAUCUCUCUGCAACUCAUUUUUCACAUUCAUCACUAGUGGAUAUUGAUCUCAGUAAUAACGGUUUUAAUGGAAAGCUCCCAAGAUGGAUAGGGAAUGUAUCGCAUUUGAAGAGAUUGGCUUUGUCCAACAAUCAUUUCGAAGAUCUUUCUGGAAAUAUGUUUUCCGAUCCUAUACCUUCUUGCUUGAGUAAUUUAACUCUGGUAAUGAAAGAGGAGAAGUCUUUCGUAGAUAGUUCUAAAUAUAUAGCAAAUACAAUGCAGGAUCUACCAAUAUACGUUUUGAAGGAUUUAUCACAUGAUUAUCCUGUUAGCAACAUGAAAGAAUGGAUAGAGUUUACAACAAAUAGUGUGUCCUAUUCAUACGGUGGUGACAUUCUUAAGUACAUGUCUGGGAUUGAUUUAUCUUAUAACAGGUUAACUGGGCAAAUCCCAGUCGAACUGGGAAACUUAAGUGAAAUCCAUUCGUUAAACUUAUCACACAAUAACUUGGUCGGAGUUAUACCUUCAUCAUUUUCACAACUUAAGCAAAUUGAGAGUUUGGAUCUUUCUUACAACAACUUGAGUGGGAGAAUCCCUAUACAAUUGGUUGAGUUGAACUUUCUAGAGGUUUUCAAUAUGGCACACAACAACUUGUCAGGUUGUACUCCAGAACCAAAAGCUCAGUUUGGGACCUUUGAUGAAAGCAGUUACAAGGCAAAUGCUUUUCUAUGUGGGCCUCCAUUGCAAAAUAACUGCUCUAAAACUGAGUCACCAUCAACAGUGCCUACUACAACAGAUAAUGAAGGAGAAGAAAAUACUCAGGGCAGAGGGAACAACGAGGAGGUGUGGAAAAGAAUAUGGUCUGUUAAGGUUCCAACCAAGAUGAGAACUUUCAUGUGGUGGUUUUGUCAUGGUAUUAUACAGGGUGGUGAACGUCCAUGGGCAACAGAAGCAUGGAAACACCUAAACUAUCAGUGGGAGUACGAUAAUGAAGUGCAGCAAGAGAGUAUGGAUUCGUUCCCUAAGAUGAUUAUGAAACUUAAGCAUGAACAGCUCCAACUAUUUGCGAUAACAUGA